UGACAAGUUCGAUUUCAAAACAUCACGCAUUCAGGACUGACAAGACUGUCAGUUCUUCAAAUUCUGCACAACAUCCUUUUUUCACAUCCUCUAAAGAAGAAAUAAAGUUUCCAAUGACUCCUGCCAUCUCCACAGUCCUCCUACUGUCUUUGCUAAUUUUUGUGAAUGACUCUGAGUCGUUGUACAUGUAUGAAAAUUCCUAUGAUGAUGAUUAUAAGGGGUGCAGAGAAGAAAGAGACACGGAAAUCACAGAGUAUUACCUGGACAAUGACCUGAAUAAAAAUGAAUUCCUGAGAUCUGCCUGGAAUAAAGCGAAGAAGCACUGGAAUGCUUCAACCCCUUAUAUUUUGGAUUUGAAUACCUCCAUUGCUGUUAGAGGCUACACCAGUGCCUCUUUCCAUACUGAGUUAAACACUGCAAUUCAAGAUGGCGUGACUUCAGUGACAAAAAAUCACUACAGGUCUAUCCAUUUCCUGCUCACAAAGGCCAUCCAGACCCUCAAUCGUGGUGAAUGCAUCAGGGCCUACAGAGGAGUUGGCGUAGAGAUACGUCCAAGAGAAGGCGAGGUUUUUCGCUUUGGAAGAUUUGCGUCAGCUUCCAGAAAUAUAAUGGUAGCACUGAAAUUUAAAAAUGCAACAGUUUUCAAUAUCACAACAUGCUAUGGGGCGGACAUUUCAAAUUAUUCCUUGUAUAAGACAGAAGCUGAAGUGCUUAUCCCACCUUAUGAAGUGUUUAUUGUCAAAGAAAGUUACGAUAGAUACGUCACUCUUGAAUCGAAGAACAUCACUGUGAACUACAGAUGUUGGCCUCUGAAGGGUUCACCAGGACCGAACACGAUUCCAAAUAACGCUGGCCUGUCGCUGACCCCUUUAACAGUGCUUCACCUGCUCCUCAGUUUUUUAACGAUUCCAUAUUUUUGGAAAACGUAAUAAUGUGUGUUUUAAAUGGAUGAAUUUCAAGAAAUCUGAUGGUCCAAAAGAAGUGAAAAAAAAUCUCUAUAUGCCUUCAGAGACUUUUUAUUGUCCUUUAAUGGCAAGCUUUCAUUUUUUAUUACUAAUGAAUUGUUUUCUUUCUGAUGAUUUUCAAACCAAAUGUGUCAAAAUUUGUAGUUUUUGCAGUGUGUGUGGGAUUUUCUUAAUAUUGGCUAUUAAUGUGUGUUUUUAAAUUGAAACAGAAGUAAAAAUAAAUUACUGCACAUAUUGGGAAAAAUUUUUUGCUACACUGAAUUUUCAAUAAAAUGUUUUGUCACUUACUUUUUUUAUGUUUUUAGCCUGCUUGGAGCUCACCCUGAGUGCCUUUUGGGAUCAGAAUUCUAUGUCAAUACGUUUAACCACAAAAUGUCUCUGUUAUGAUUAUUUGUAAAGCAUUAGGCCCGAAGAACACUUGGGACAAUAUUCUGCUGUCAUCAUAUGACUGAAGUAACAUUAUGCUGCAAAAUGAAUAUUUAUAUUUUGCUACUCUAUGAUAACUCCUCAAUAUUCAUUAAUACCUUCAACCAAAACAGAAUCUGUAAAACCAGUUUUAGAACAAACUGAAUGUGACCUAGUAGUUGAAUCAAGUGAUGACAAUGUGAAUUGGCCAUCAGACAUUGGCAAGAUAUUUGACGCAUACUUCACUGUACAACAAAUCUGCCUUGAUAUGUCUGGUGAAUUCAGUCUCCUGGGGCCUCAUGUAUAACGCCGUGCAUAGCAAAAGCCGAAAUGUGCUUACGCACAGAAAAAUCCAGAUG